CGCACGGUCGGUUUUCUGGCAGGACGAGCUUAAACGUCUGUUUUGGUGGUGUCAAUGAUGUCGGGACUGUCAGAAACUGAGCGCGCGGGAUGUAGAAUGAUACUGAAGCUCCUGUCGAACAUCGACUUAUUGUCACUUAGUGACACAGUGACGAACAAGAUGAUAGUUGUGGAGAAUGUUGCAGAGGCGACGGAGACCAUACUGUCCUUCAGCAAAAAUGCCGAGGAACUCCUGAGAAGGAAGAAGGUUCAACGUGAGCUCAUCUUCAAGUACCUGGCCAAAGAGGGGGUGGCGAUGCCCCCCAACAGCGAGAAGCACCAGCUGGUGAAGAGGACGCUGGCGCUUUGGUCAUCGGGGAAGGCCACGGAUGCCGAAAGCCGUCAAGAAGAGACGGAUGGGACCAAGGGGAGGCGGGCCACAGAGACAGCGUCCGAUAUCCAGGUCUCGAAGGUUGACGUGGGCUUUGACCCGCAGGUGCUCGGCCAGCAGUUCUGCCAGUGGUUCUUCCAGCUUUUGAACAGUCAGAACCCCUCACUGGGCCAGCAGCCUCAGGACUGGGGGCCGCAGCACUUCUGGCCAGAUGUGAAGCUGCGUCUCCUCUCCAGAGCUGGCAGCGAACAGAUGGACGAGUUCCUGGGUGCGGAACUGGUCAGCCUUCGCCUCCUUGCCUUGCCCAGAGCAGAACGGCUCCUCCUUUGCCCCAACCUGGAACCCCAUGGCCUCAGGACACUUGCUUCCCCCCAUGGCCUGGUGCUGGUGGCCGUGGCUGGGACCAUCCACAGAGAUGCAGCCUGCCUGGGCAUCUUCGAGCUAAUAUUUGGCCUCAUCCGCUCCCCGCUGGAAAAUAACACCUGGAAGAUCAAGUUUGUCAACCUGAAGAUCGGAGGGCAGGAUGCUGUGGAGGGGUCAGAGGUGGCAGCGCCUGCCCUGAGUUACAACUCCAGUGAACUGCAGCUCCUCUACAGCUGACGACACUCAUCACUCAUCUAAGUUGCACAAAAACAGUAAGCUGAGCUGUUGUUUUCAGAGACUUGCACUGGCUAAUGACUACUGGCUAACUUAUAUUUAGCAGUCAGAUCAGAUUGUGUCAGGUGGACACUAUUGGAUCUAAAUCUACUUGGGGGAGUAUAUUGGUGAUGUAACAUUAAAAAAAAAACCUGGGGAAAAGUUUAUAUAUUGUUUUUCUGCUGCGUGUUGUGCCUGUGCUUUUUGUAAGAUAAAAUAUGAACAAAGACACGCCCUUGUAAAUAUGUGUCAUACCAAAUAUAAAUAUUAUAUUAAUACUUG